AUGACAUCACCCGAGGAUGUUCCGCCCCUCAAGCCGCCGCCCUCAUUCUCCCCGGCCACUUCCAUCCUGCCCUCUAAAUCCCGGUAUACAGAGAGUCUCCAGAACUCGCAACCCCUAAUCAGUCCCCUCUCCGAGUCCUCUUUCGACCACCGCUCGUUUCCUGACCUGCAGUCCGUCGUCGCCUCGGAAGUGACCUCGAGGUCAUCCUCUCCUGAUCGGAGACUCUCCCGUUCCACACUACGCCUCUCUCGCUCAAGUACUGCUACACCUCUAAGCACUCAAAUUGACGGAUCUGAUGAUAUCCGGUCUAUAAUAAUACGCGCGUUUUCACCUACGAUCGGGGUUUUGUCGUCGCCGGACACAGAUGCCUUGAUACAGCGAAAAGGGUUCAAAGGCGGCUUUCUUGAGUUAAUACGGCCAUUCGGGGAGCGGAUCGCGGGUAAAAUAGUCAUCCGGGAUGGCAUUGGGUCUAGCAGGAGCUGGGAUGAUUUUGGAGUCCGGUUUGUGGAGCUGAGCGGCCAAGAUACUACCAGUCGAAAGCGAGAUGAUGUGCCGGUUGGAACACGGUUGGAGCAGGUCCUGGAAAAACAUCUAGAAUCCAGGGACCAGCCAUUGAGCUCGUGGGCUCGUGGUGGGGAUCCCAGCUCUAAAAGCUCGCCUUCGCCGUCUCCCCUAUAUAAGCUCUUUCUACGACGCCUGCUAUCAAUUACGUCGCCUACUCCUCAUGAAACGUUUACACAUCCUGUGGCGUCUGUAGUAGCGAUUAGUUCGCGUACGCCGGCAGCGCUCGAAUCAUUACGGCAACUUUAUUCACGAACAAGCCACGGCGAUAAGAAACCUCCUGCGUGGGUACACCCCGAAUAUCUGCGAUAUUACGUUUUAGUUCAUGAUGAAGACAACGAUGACAUUGCGCAUUCUACUGCGCUAUUUGACCAGAUGAAGCGGCACUUCGGACUACACUGUCAUCUCCUUCGACUGCGGAGCACUCAAUGUGUGAUAACGGAUGACGACAGUACCCCGUUUCCUACUCCAGAAUGGUUAAGCCCUUCCGAAGAUAUGGCUUCUUUGGGAAUACAAGAAUCUCUCGUCGACGUUGAAACCGAACCCGCUUAUCUAUUCGAGUCUGAUAUAACUGCCAUAAAAUCGUUUAUCCGCGAAUUAGUUGCACAGUCAGUGGUUCCUCACAUGGAAAACCGUGUUGCUUUAUGGAACGAUCAAGUUGCAUCGCGGAGACGAGGGAUAAGUGGACGGUUCAUUUCGUUAUCUAAACGAUGGGCAGGCUUUGGGUCAGGCUCAAGGUCAUCAGGCUCGCCAUUUGGAGCUGGACCCUCGAGCAAUUACGAUUCCCACCAAGGCUUCUAUCAACCAGAAACACCUGAAGCCAUCUUGCGAAAAAUGGCCGACUAUUCUUUUAUGCUACGUGACUGGAAACUGGCAGCCUCCACGUAUGACCUGCUGCGAGCAGAUUUUGCAAAUGACCAGGCAUGGAAACAUCAUGCCGGUGCCCAUGAGAUGUGUGCAGUGGCAACGCUAUUGAACCCGUUGACAUCAACCAGCAAAUCUAAGCUCGAACCUAUUGAGCAACUUCUAGAAACUGCUUGCUACUCAUACCUGACCAGGUGUUCCGAUCCUCAUCAUACCCUUCGGACCGUCAUACUUGGAGCCGAGCUCUUGAAAUCUCGCGGAGGUACAGCCGCGGAGAGUGCGGCAGGGUGGUCAACAAGAGUAUUGAAUAUGGGCCUAUUAGGAAGUAUAGGGGGGCUUCUCCUACACGAACGUGUUUCCGCUUGUUUUGCUUCGAAAACGGCGACCAACGGCACAGGGUGGGGGACCCGGAGGCGGAAAGCAGGGAUGUGGGCCCUUUUAGCUGCUGAAGGAUGGCUUAAACAAGGGCUACCGCACCUAGCUUCUAAUUCAAUGGAUGAAGCGGAUCGUCAGUAUCUUGACACCCUGGAAUCUGGGACGUUUCCCCUACCAGAGAUGCAACAGGUAGUCGAUGACCUCCGGCUGGCUAUAAAGGUUGGGUGUCUCGAAUUCCGGGGCAUGAACGGCGAGAACAUAGACACACCAACCGAAGCUGGGCCAGAAGAGACACCAGUGAAACUAGAUUAUCGUGGCCAUAGCCAUCGAAAAUCGUUGAUGGGUGGAGGGAAUCCUCUCGAAGGCAUACCCCCCACAACCUUACGGCCAAUCGGCCUAGACGAAGAUGCUGAACCCAAUGAUGAUUUUGAAUGA